ACUAAUGCUUUUGAUCAACUAUUUUUCAACUCUUGAUAAUCACGGUGAAAAUAUCAUCACAUCCAGAUUCUGCUGUUUGGUUUUCCUAGUAAUUAUGUUGGCUAAUUAAUUCCAUGUCAUUGGCCUCUUGUUAAUAUUUGCCGUCCAGAUAUCAAUUGCUGCUCAUUCAGUUGAAACGAUCUAAAAGAGACCAAUGUUAAAUUGUUAUAGAGUUCUUUUUAUGAUUAAGGAAGUGUGUUUCAUUAAAGUCCAAAGCCAGCCAUUACUCUAGACAUGAAAAAUAUUUGACUACUUAUUUCCUCUUUUUAAAUUAUUACUAUGGGAUAUAGUCAGGAUACUUGUAUUUACUUGACUGCGCUUUUUCUCUCGCAUCUCUUAGUCUUUUACAUAUGCUUGAUCGGAUGUCAUGAUUCCAUGCAUGUGGGAAAUUUAGUUUUAUUAGUCUUUCUUGUACAGACAAGAAGGUGUUGAUGAUAUCAUCUAUGAAGUCUUGUAUCUUAGUCUUCUAGUUUGCGCUGGUUUCUGUACACUAAAGUUUCUUGCAGAGAAUUAAAAGAGAAUGAACUUUUCUAUUCCCAUAUUCGGCCUAUUAGUUUCCUCAAGAAAAGAUAGUUGAUUGCACACAGAGUUGGAUUGUGGGAAUAAGAAGCUCCAAGGAGCAUGUCAUGAUCUGGUAUCCUUUCGAGGUAUGUACCAUCUUUCAUCCCUCCUUCAAUGGCCACUAAGGUUAAAGAGCAUGAAAAGAAGAAGGAGGAGAAGCCAAAGGAGAAAGAAAAGGCGAAGUCUCGGAAUAUUGAUCAUUUUAUGGAAGAGUUGAAGCAAGAACAGGAAAUGAGGGAGAAGCGGAAUCAAGAGCGUGAAAAGUGGCAGGAUACACGUCACAGUGACAUUUCUACACCAUCUAGCCGAUUUGAUGAGCUGCCGGAUGAAUUUGAUGCAUUGGGAAGGCCUGGAUCAUUUGAUGAUGGAGAUCCCCAAACCACAAAUCUUUAUGUAGGGAACUUAUCGCCUCAGGUGGAUGAGAAUUUUCUUUUGCGGACUUUUGGGAGAUUUGGACCCAUUGCCAGUGUGAAAAUUAUGUGGCCAAGGACAGAUGAGGAAAAGAGACGGCUAAGGAACUGUGGUUUUGUGGCUUUUAUGAAUAGGCUUGAUGCUCAAGCUGCAAAGGAUGAAAUGCAAGGAGUAGUGGUCUAUGAAUAUGAACUGAAGCUUGGGUGGGGCAAAUCUGUCUCUCUUCCGUCACAAGCACUUCCUGCUCCACCUCCUGGACAAAUGGCAAUCAGGAGUAAGGAGGGUGCUACUGUGAUCUUGUCCGGUCCUUCUGGUCCGUCUGGCCCUCCAGUAAACUCAAUUCCAGGCCAUAACUCUGAACUGGUUCUUACUCCGAAUGUACCUGAUAUUAAAGUCGUUCCUCCUGAUGACAAUCAUGUUCGGCAUGUCAUUGAUACAAUGGCCCUCUAUGUACUUGAUGGAGGUUGUGCUUUUGAACAAGCAAUUAUGGAGCGGGGCCGCGGAAAUCCUCUCUUCAGUUUUUUGUUUGAACUUGGCUCGGAAGGGCAUAGUUACUAUGUUUGGAGGCUCUACUCAUUUGCUCAGGGGGAUACACUUCAGAGAUGGCGCACAGAGCCUUUCAUCAUGAUCACUGGCAGUGGAAGAUGGAUACCACCUUCUUUACCGACAGCAAAAGGGCCAGAGCAUGAAAAGGAGGGCGGGGGAACUUAUGCCGCGGGGAAAAGCAAACGUGUGGAGAUGGAGCGGACCUUGACAGAUGCCCAAAGAGAUGAAUUUGAGGAUAUGCUCCGUGCAUUAACAUUAGAAAGAAGCCAAAUAAAAGAAGCUAUGGGUUUUGCCCUGGAUAAUGCUGAUGCUGCUGGAGAGGUAGUUGAAGUCUUAACCGAGUCCUUAACUCUGAAAGAAACACCAAUUCCAACAAAAGUUGCAAGACUCAUGCUUGUCUCAGACAUACUUCACAAUAGCAGUGCUCCUGUGAAGAACGCAUCUGCUUAUCGCACCAAAUUCGAAGCAACUAUACCAGACAUUAUGGAAAGUUUUAACGACCUAUAUCGUAGUGUAACUGGACGAAUGACAGCUGAGGCACUUAAAGAACGUGUUUUGAAAGUUCUUCAAGUAUGGGCCGAUUGGUUUCUUUUUUCGGAUGCAUAUGUUAAUGGUUUGCGUGCCACCUUUAUCCGUUCGGGUAGCUCAGGUGUUACCACUUUCCAUUCUAUAUGUGGGGACGCCCCUGAGCUAGAGAGGAAGCCUGGUUCUGCUGACCAUGGUCAAGGCGAAAAGAUUAACCAUGGUCAAGACGCUGCAUUAGCAAUCGGAAAAGGAGCUGCCAUGAAGGAGCUUUUGACUUUGCCACUUAAUGAGCUCGAAAGACGAUGCAGGCACAAUGGUUUAUCUCUGGUUGGCGGAAGAGAAACCAUGGUGGCACGGUUGCUUUAUCUGGAAGAAGCAGAAAAGCAAAGGGGCUCUGAGAUAGACGAUGAAUUGAAAUCUGGACGUAGCCAAUUGGGUUCUGGCAGAUACCAAAGUGGUCAAAGGGAAUCGAAGUUUGAAGCGGGUCCCGCUGAAACGUCAGGAUGGAACAGUAGUAGGGUGGAUGAAAUGGUUCCAAAAGUAACGGGGGCAGUAUUUUUGCCCCCAUCUGAUCAAAAGGAACUAAUCAAUGCUAGAGAUGGAGGAAGUGAAUCUAUACUGCCAGCCUCUAAGUGGGCCAGAGAAAACGAAGAAAGUGACGAUGAAAACGAGAGAAGUACAAAGGAGUUGGGGCUGACUUAUUCAUCUUCUGGAAGUGAUAUGGCAGGUGAUUCUGAUCCGUACAAAACCGAGGAGCGCGGAAUUACUAAUGAUGCCACUAAUUCAGCGUAUGUUGAUGGUGGAAUGAACGAAGAACAGAGACAAAAAUUGAGGCGGCUCGAGGUUGCUUUAAUGGAAUACCGUGAAUCUCUUGAAGAACGAGGAUUAAAAAAUUCCGACGAAAUAGAGAAGAAAGUCGCCAUUCAUCGGAGUCGAUUACAAGCUGAAUAUGGUUUACUGGAUUCAAAUGCAGAUGCUUCUGGCAGAAAAAAGUCGAGUUUAGAUGGCAGGGGCCCACAUGAGGAUUCACGUGACCGUUUGAAGAAGCGUCACCGAAGCUCGAGCAGAAGCGAAAGCCCUCAAAGGAAACUGUCCACUCGAGAUAGAGAUAGAGAGAGAGGGAAUGACGGAAACCGGGAGAGAGAAAGACGCCGUGAUAGGGAAAACGAUGAUCGGGAGAGAGAAAGAGAUCGAAGGAGGGUAAAAUGAAAUGAAUGACUUGUGUUUCUUUUUUUUUCUUUUUCUUUUUUUUUUAGUAGAAAUUGUAAGGACAAGUAACUAUUCCUUUAAUUGUAAACUUUUUUGAGUUAUGGAACUUAGAAGUUGUUAUUUUGCUUUGUGGAUGUAAUUUGUAAAGUUGAUUUUCUUUGACCAAACUUUGUUAUAUUUCCAAAGUUUUUUCAUCAUAAA